ACACAACUCGAGCAUCUGCCUCUGCAUCAGUUUGUACUCAGAAGGCGCAAAUCUACAUAGACUGCACCUAAAGGGAAUUGUUUUGCACUCAGAUUCAUCUAUCACUUUUUACUGCUGCAGAAAAAAAAAAAAGAGGAAGCUAAUGCACUGCUUAUUUUUGACAGCUACUGAUUUUUUCCUUUUAAUCUUCUGAAAUCUGAACAUCGCUAUAAAGGGGAGACCAGAGCCCUGAACCCCACCAACCAGAGAUGGACACAAGACAGGACUUGCAUUUUUAAAAUUUUUUCGCGCCCAGCAAGGCAAAGAAUAAAAAGAUUGGAUACCAGCUCGGACAUGGUUACAAUAUCUCAAAAUAGCAGAUGACCAGUUCACUAUACUGACCAUGCUGGCCUAUCUUCAGGAGCAUCCUGGACCAGAGAGGAGCAGAGAACUCUUACACCGUACACAACUCCUGCGCCAAACAGAGCCCCUGAAGACAUUCGUCUGCACACAAAAAUGUCCCAUCCUUUACACUCCCUGAACGGACCUGGAGCUGGCAAUGGAUCUCUGUCGCCUCUCUCAGUAACAGGAGCACCCAAGCAGGACUACCCAAGUGAGGAACAAGGAAACAAAGUGCACUGGGCAGCACUGCUGAUCCUCCUGCUGAUAAUCCCCACCAUUGGGGGGAACAUACUUGUCAUUCUGGCAGUGUCCCUGGAGAAGAAGUUGCAAUAUGCUACCAACUACUUUCUGACAUCCUUGGCGGUGGCAGAUUUGCUCGUGGGUCUGUUUGUGAUGCCAAUUGCUCUUCUCAUGAUAUUAUUUGACAAUACCUGGCCUUUACCAACUGCCUUGUGUCCUAUCUGGCUGUUCCUUGAUGUCCUCUUUUCCACAGCUUCCAUCAUGCACCUCUGUGCCAUCUCCCUGGACCGCUACAUUGCCAUAAAAAAGCCAAUCCAGGCCAGCCAGUACAAUUCAUGGGCUACAACAAUCAUCAAAAUCAUCGUGGUUUGGCUCAUUUCAAUAGGCAUUGCAAUUCCUGUCCCUAUCAGGGGCAUUGAGGAUGGAAAUGGCAACUCUACAAACAUCACGUGUUUCCUGACGCCUGAUCGUUUUCAUGACUUCAUUCUGUACGGAUCAGUGGCUUCCUUCUUCAUUCCCCUCGCUAUCAUGAUCGUCACUUAUUUGCUGACGAUCCGAGUGCUGCGCAAAAAGGCCUAUUUGAUCAACAAGCCGCCUCAGCGCUUCACCUGGUCAGCAGUGUCCACAGUCUUUCAGCGUGACACAACACCUGCCUCCUCACCAGAAAAGGUGGCCAUGCUAAACGGCUCCAGAAAGGACCAGACUUUGCCCAGUGACAUGCCUAUCAGCAGGACAUCCACCAUUGGGAGGAAGUCCAUGCAAACGAUAACCAAUGAACAAAGGGCGUCAAAAGUUCUGGGGAUUGUGUUUUUUCUUUUCUUGCUGAUGUGGUGCCCAUUCUUCAUAACAAACAUCAGCUCUGUUCUGUGCAACUCCUGCAACCAGGAGGUUUUUCAAAAGCUUUUGGAGAUAUUUGUUUGGAUAGGGUAUGUAUCCUCAGGAGUGAACCCUCUUGUAUAUACACUCUUCAACAAAACAUUUAGGGAGGCUUUCAGCAGGUACAUCACUUGCAACUAUCGGACCACAAAGCCUAUCAAGGCCCUUCGGCAGCGCUCCAGCAGGAUCUCUUUCAGAAGCUCUGUAGCAGAAAAUUCCAAGCUGUUUGUCAUGAAUGGGAUGAGAAAUGGGAUUAACCCCAUUAUGUACCAGAGCCCAAUGAGGCUGAGGAGCUCACCCAUCCAAGCAUCAUCGGCCAUUCUGCUGGAUACGUUGCUGCUCACCGAGAAUGAGGUUGAUAAAACAGAAGAACAAGUCAGCUAUGUAUAGUGGAAUGGCAGCCAUGUCCCUACAGCAUUACUGUAUGUAUCAUUCUAGAUAACUGCACUGUAAGAGGGUAUAAAUACUAUUGUUUUCUGUUAUUUAUGCAAGCAAUAUCUUAUAAAUUUAUAUUAAUUCCCCUCCUCCAAAGUCUCCUCUACUUUAACCCCAACCCCAUGGUGGCAACCACAACUUCAUUCCAUGGCAAAUGACUCAUGCAGAACUGUAGCCUAAGGAAGAGGGAAAUAAAUAAAAGCUAAAUCAGUUUAA